CGCCAGGCGUUGGCGUUCGCAGGACCGGCCGUUGGCUGAGCGCGGCCCCUGAGCAGGUCGGUGGGCACCAGCCUCGCUCAAAGGCCAGGCCUGUCCGGGGACAGCAAGAGAGAUUGGGCAGGCCGUGAGAAGCUGAGAACUCCCCCGCAAAGAUGGCUGACAAAGGCAAAAAGGGCAAAGAUGCAGCCCCAGCGGCCCCUCCUCCGGGCGCCAAACCCCCGGACAAGAAAGAUGAGAAGGUGGAGGAGAAGCCACCAGAAAAGAAGGUGGAGCCCAAGGAUGAAGUGGGCACGAGGAAGGGAUGUCGCCGCUACAAGUGGGAACUCAAGGACAGCAAUAAAGAGUUCUGGUCUAUGGGGCACGCCAUGGUCAAGAUUCUGAGCUUGGGCUGCCUAAUAGGUUCGCUGAUAAUGUUCACUGGGAGCAUCGUUCACCCCCUCCUGACACUCAUCAUCACCAUGGAGAUAUCCAUCUUCAGCUUCUUAUUCGUUAUCUACACCUUCGCCAUCCACAGAUACUUGCCCUUCGUCCUGUGGCCCAUUGCUGACCUUCUCAAUGACCUGUUCGCCUGUAUCUUCCUUGGGGGGGCCGUGGCCUUUGCUGUGCAAACUCGGCAGAGCAUACCGAUGAACUACUUGGUUGCCCUGAUCCUUAUUGCUCUGGCUGGGUUUUUUGCCUUAAUCGAUGUAUGUCUUCAAAGAAAACACUUCAAAGGCAAGAAGGUCAAAAGGCAUGUGCUGGUUCCUCCAACAAAGGAGGGAGCAAAGGAACCGGGACAGGGACCGGGGGCGGCAAAGCCAAAGGAAGAGCCAAAACCAGCAGACAAGAAAGCGGAAAAGCCGAAGGAAGCAGACAAGGGAAAGGACAAGGGGAAGGGAGGCAAGAAAUGACGCGGAGGCGACGCCCGCCAUCAGGAGUGGCGGCGUAUUUUACCACAGAACAUAUUUCCACUGUCUUCCUUGUCUUCUCUCUAGAAUGCUUUUCUUUUCCAUUUUAAUAAUCACCUUUGCUUGGAAAAGAAAUUUCUCUUCAAAUGGAUUUUAAUACUUAAAGUUAAUGGAAACACCAUUUUGCUCAUUCCACAAAAGUUACUGAAAGUUUUGGUGCAGAGAGCGAAGCUGGAGCACCGCCUCUAGAGGAGCUCACAGGCUGCAGGGCAAGGGGGUUUAGGGGACCAGAAGUGUGGGCGACACCAGCUGUCAGCACUGACCAGCCAAAGGGGCCAGAGGAAAACAAGAGACUGGACAAUGAAAGGAUGCAUUUUCUUCA